AUGAAACUAGGAAAAAUAGCAGAAAUAUGCUAUAAUAUAACUACUUCUUACCUAAAUUUACCAGGUAAUACAGACAUAAUUAUUUCAACACAGAAAGCAAUACUCACAACAAAGCAUCAAUUACUGGAUGAUGCCUUUGCAAGAUGGAGUCCGUUGAAUGGUGAUAUUUCAUUUUCAUAUAACGGUGGUAAAGAUUGCCAAGUAUUAUUGCUAAUAUAUUUAAGUUGUCUGUGGGAGUUUUUUUUAAAUACUAUUAAAGGUUCACAAUAUGGGGGAAAUAGUCAUCAAUUUCCACUGUUUGAGUUGCCAACAGUGUUUAUUGAUCAAGAGGAAACAUUCUCUACCAUUAAGGCAUUUGUUGAAGAUACUUCUGAUAGAUAUGGUUUAUCAUUAUAUGAGUCAAGUAGAAAUGAUACUGUUAAAAUGAGUAUGGCAAUGGCGUUUGAACAUUAUUUAAGUUUGCAUCAGGAAACAAAGGCAAUUGUUAUAGGCAUACGCCACUCAGACCCCUUUGGCGAGAAUUUAAAAUACAUUCAAGAGACUGAUUCAGGAUGGCCUGAAUUCAUGAGAAUUCAGCCUAUACUACAUUGGAAUCUAUCGAAUAUUUGGAGCUUCUUAUUAUAUUCAGGUGAACCCAUUUGCGGACUAUAUGGUGUGGGCUAUACUUCGUUAGGAGGAUUAAAUAAUACUUUACCAAAUCCAUAUUUGAAACUCUCAGAUAACACAGAGGAGAAGAAAAGCGAAUUUGAAUGGGAAUUAAAUCAUAGAUUCGAAAAUCAGAAAUUGGAAUUAGAAAUACAUCCUAACGACCGGGCUAUCCUUGACACUUUUUCAAAUAAGUAUAAGCCUGGUUGGUACUUAACAGAUGAAAAACUUGAAAGAGCAGGUCGUCUUAAAAAGACCUCUGUAAAGAAAGACUAA